GCAGCAUAAAGGGGUGGGAUCCAAGGGGAGGUUUUACAGUUCGUAUCCAUAAAGGUGGAUGUUACACGCCAAGUUACAUACGUUACACCCUGAAGCGACACUCUGAAGCGACUUCACACCUCAGAACUUUUUGGAACAAUAGAAGUCUCGAAGCUCUUUCCAUUUCUUUUGUUUGGACUCUUAUAUCUCCAUUACCAUGGCGGCAAUUGGCAAUCGGGGCACUGUCACAGAGGCUUCUGGUUUCAACCCAGAGGAGGAUGUCCAACGUCUGAGAGGAGCCAUGAAGGGGGCCGGCACUGACGAGGCAGCUGUCGUUGACAUCCUGUCUCAUCGUACGAUUGCUCAGAGGCAACGCAUCAAGGAGGCUUACAAGCAGACCGUCGGCAAGGACCUGAAUGAUGAACUGCGUUCCGAGUUGACGGGCAACUUUGAGAAAGUGGUCCUGGGUCUUCUGAUGCUGGCUCCUGUGUAUGAUGCCUAUGAGCUGAAAAACGCCAUCAAGGGUGCUGGAACUGAGGAAGCCGGUCUGAUUGACAUCCUUGCCUCAAGGACAAAUGCUGAAAUGAGAGCCAUCACCGCCUUCUAUAAAAAAGAAUACGAGAAGAGUUUGGAAGAUGAUAUCUGUGGUGAUACAUCAGGAAUGUUCCAGAGAGUUCUAGUCUCACUUCUCACGGCAGGGCGAGAUGAGGGCAACGGAGUGAAUGAAGCACAGGCUGUACAGGAUGCUAAGGACAUCUACGAGGCCGGGGAAGCCCGAUGGGGCACAGACGAGGUGAAGUUCCUCACUGUGCUCUGCGUGAGGAACCAAAACCACCUACUUCGAGUGUUUGGGGAGUAUGAAAAGAUCUCUGGAAGGACUAUUGAGGACAGCAUCAAAAGGGAGAUGUCUGGUCAUCUUGAGGACGUCUUCCUGGCAAUAGUGAAAUGCGUGAGGAACAAGCCAGCCUUCUUUGCUGAGCGGCUAUACAAAUCCAUGAAGGGUCUGGGUACAACAGACAGCGUCCUGAUCCGAAUCAUGGUGGCCCGGGCUGAGGUAGACAUGCUGGACAUCAAGGCUGAGUUCCUGAAGAUGUAUGGCAAGACCCUCUACUCCUUCAUCAAGGGCGACACAUCGGGUGAUUAUCGCAAAAUCCUGCUGGAGCUCUGCGGGGGAGAGCAAUAGGACGGCGUUGACGUCAUUCGUUGAUGACUUCAACCAUGCGACAAGAUAAUAGGUUUUUGUCUGCAGUUUCCCCUUGCCGUCAGGCAGCUGUGUUCUGACUCUCUACAAUUCUAAACCCCAUGCUUUUUUACAAAUGAACCAUGAUGCCCUUUUCACAGUUUCUAGUGCUAAUAAAACCAGAGACGAAUUACAUUUUA